AUGGCAGCCGAUUCAGCCGCUGACGCUGUCGGCGACAUGAUGCGGGUGUUUUUCGAGUUCCAAAAGGAGCUCGACGUUGCCCAGCCCUUAUUUGAUAUUUUGGCGCUUGACGACGAGGAUGACGAAGAUACGUCCGGUACUUCCGAUUCCGAGAUUACCGAACGGAUCUCGUUUAAUGACGUCCAUUUCACGUAUCCAAUGCGACCAGAAGUGGAAAUUUUAAAGGGUCUCACUUUUGACUGUGAUCCCGGACAAACAAUCGCUAUCGUCGGGUCCUCAGGAUCUGGGAAAUCGACGAUACUACAGUUGAUUCUCCGACUUUAUCGUCCAAAUUCUGGAGAGAUCCGCCUCUCUGACAUCCCGAUCGAGAAAUAUUCAAGGGAGAAACUUCGCAGCAUGAUUGGCGUGAACAUACGUUAUGGAAAAGAAGAGGCAACGGAUGCUGAAGUGAUGAUGGCCUUACAGAAAGCUAAUGCACUGGCUUUUGUCAAAAGGUUGCCAAAUGGUUGGAACACAAAAGUCGGUGAACGCGGCUGUCAACUUUCCGGAGGCCAAAAACAGAGGAUAGCCAUCGCCAGAGCCCUCAUCAAAAACCCUCGAAUCCUGAUCCUCGAUGAGGCGACCAGUGCCCUGGACAGCCAGAGUGAAGCGGAAGUGAUGAAAGUAUUGAGGCGGAACUCGCGGAAUCGAACGACCUUCGUUGUCGCCCAUCGGCUAUCAACGAUUCGGGAUGCCGAUAAGAUUUUGGUUGUGGAUUCGGGCAGAGUCGUCGAAUCCGGCACCCAUUACGAGCUGAUGGCAAAGGAUGAGCAUUACGCGAAUUUGGUCAAAGCGCAAGUGUACGACACACUGCGAAAGCGGCACUCUACCGAAGACUCCGAAACUCUAGAGGUUGAAGCGGAAACUGUGGAAAUGGAGAUGAAAAAUGCUGACGUCGAGGAGGAGGAGAAAGACAUUGUGAAACGGCUAGAAAAAGAAUGCCGUGAAGAAGGCGUUACCCCAGCGGGCUUCUCCCAGAUUUGGGCUUGGCUGGAGCCAGACAGAGCCCUGGUCUUUUUCGGAUUGUCUGCCUGCUUACUCACGGGAAUCAUGAACCCCCUCUCUAAUUGGAUUCAUGCUUAUAGCCUAGAGUCUUACGCCCAAAUCGACAAGCAACAGCAGUUGGCCGCCGGGCAGCGUGGCGCUUUACUAGCGCUACUCCCGAUCCUCCCCAACAUGGUCGUAAGCAUGGCCGGAGCGCUGUGCCUGGGCACUGUCGGGAUACGGCUCGCGAAUCGGUUGAAGGUUCAGUUCUUCUCCAACGUAUUACACCAAGAUGGGCCCUAUUUUGACGAGCCGAAGCACGCGACUGCGAGGCUCGGCACCAGGAUCUCGACCGAUAUCCAGAAUAUUAAAGGGGCACUCAGCGGUCGAUUUACGAACACGCUCGGCUCGGUGUUCGUCAUUUGCAGCGGGUUGGCCACCGGGUUCUACUAUUGCUGGCCACUCGCGAUUAUUAUGAUUAUAAUGGCUCCUCUUUUCGCUCUGCAACAACUGGCGCUCAAAUAUAUCAAACCGAGGUCGCAUCUCGACCAAAAAUUGGGCGAGGAAGCGGCGAGAAUGCUAAACGAAUCGAUCGAUUGCAUCCAAACAGUCAAAUCGAUGAACCUUGCCGAGAAUUUGCACCAAAAAUAUGGAAAACUGUUGGCAAAAAUGCGUGAGAAUUACUUCGCCACGAUCCGCUCGCAGGGUCUCCUGAUGGCAAUCUGCGAGGGAAACCUCCAAUUAACACUCUGCGUACAAUUUUACGUUGCCAACUGCGUGAUCAGCUACGGUUUCCUGCCAUUUGACGUGUACUUGGCGAUGAUUACGAUGAAGGGAGCUGCGAAAGCCAUAGGGGGCGUCAUUGGGUUCUUCCCGGAGUGGAAGACGAUGCGUUUGGCCGCUGCACUGAUGGCUCAUAAUUUGGAGAAGACGCGCAUCAAGGAGAAGUCGACGGGAGAGCAGCCCGAUUUUGGUGUCAUCUCGUUCAAGAAUGUCCACUUUACAUACCCGCAGCGCCCCGAGCAGCCCGUUUUGAAAGGCAUCUCCUUCCAAAUCGAUGAGGGCCAAAAAGUCGCUCUGCGGCGUUGGUCCAGAAUUUUUUACAAAGUGGAUGAUGGAGCUAUCGAGCUAAACGGACGAAACAUUAACGAGAUACCGAAGAAGGAGUUGAGAGCGAUGAUGGGCAUCGUUUCUCAGGAGCCUACACUGUUUGACGAGACGAUUUACAAUAAUAUCAUCUACGGCCUGGACCCCGAUUUGGUGAAGGAAGCCGAAGUCUACGAAGUCGCCAAAUCCGCCAAUAUCCACAGUUUGGUCGAAAAAUUGCCCGACGGGUAUCAGACGAUGGUCGGGGAGAGGGGAACACAGCUUUCUGGAGGUCAAAAACAGCGAAUAGCCAUCGCCAGGGCACUGUUGAAAAACCCAAAAUUGUUGAUUUUGGAUGAGGCGACGAGUGCGCUGGAUGCGGAGAGUGAAAAAAUAGUCCAAGAAGCCAUUAAUGCGUCGACAUUCGGGCGUUCCUGCCUGAUUAUCGCCCAUCGAUUGAGCACGAUUCGGGAUGCCGAUAAAAUCAUCGUCAUGGACAAGGGAGUGAUCGUCGAGGAAGGCGCCCACGAGCAACUGAUGCAAAACCACGGUCCCUACUAUCAACUUAUAAAACACCAGGGCGCUCAU